UCUCUAUGUAACCACCCUUAUAAAUUAAUAUCUUCUGGAUCAAGAGACACUUGAACAUUGCCCUUAAUAAGGGCUUAUCUUUCAGUUAUUUAUCUAAGUAUUAACAAUUCGUUCACCUCGGCUUCAAUCAAGGGCCCAGAGUUCUCAUAAACACCUGCCCUAUUGAUUCUAAAAUAAUUCAUUAUUUAUUCAAAAUGAUUAUUCGGAUUUCAGUUAUUUUGUGCUUUUCGAUCUUAGUGAAAGCAGAUUUUGAGGAAAGAGUAACGGAUCCCGGUAUACUUGAAGAUGCAAGUCUUGAUACAUUCACAUUGAUCAGAAAAUACGAGUACCCGUGCGAGAUACACCGAGUGUACACUGAAGAUGGCUACAUCCUGGAGAUGCACAGGAUCCCGCGCGGCGUUGGGGCUCAGAAUGAUAACUCUGUUCGUCCGGUGGUGUUCCUGCAGCAUGGCCUGCUGUCUUCGUCUGCGGAGUGGGUCCUUAUGAGACCCGGGAAAGGAUUAGCGUACAUCCUCGCCGAUGCCGGCUACGAUGUCUGGAUGGGGAACGCGAGAGGGAACACCUACUCUCGCAACCACGUCUCAAUCAAACCUACCUCUUCAUCAUUUUGGACCUUCUCGUGGCACGAAAUCGGCUACUACGACUUACCAGCCAUGAUUGACUACGUUAUUAAACAAACGAAGGUGCCUAAACUCCACUAUGUUGCCUUCUCUCAAGGCACCACCGUUUUCUGGGUGAUGACGUCAACGAGACCGGAGUAUAAUGAGAAGAUCCUGUCGAUGCACGCGCUGGCUCCAGUGGCUUUUGCCGGCAACAUUCGAAGUCCACUUAUAAGGGCGAUUGCCCCUUUCACUGAUACGUUAGAAGUAGUGUUCAAAAUGCUAGGCGCCAAUGAGUUUCUUCCAAAUGGGAAGAUCAAUGAGCUGGCCGGCCAGAGGUUCUGUACUGAGGAAGCCAUCACGCAACUCCUCUGCACUAACCUUCUGUUCCUCAUUUGUGGAUUUGAUGAACAACAGUUGAAUACGACAAUGCUGCCAAUAGUCCUCGGCCACACCCCAGCAGGCGCUUCCAGUAGACAAUUUGUACAUUUCGGACAACUGUACAACUCCGGCCAGUUCCGACAGUUUGACCACGGCUGGUUCAAAAACAAGAGAGUGUACGGAACCCGCAAGCCGCCUGCCUACAACCUGAGUGCCAUCGAGGCUCCCAUAUUCCUCCACUAUGCAGAGAAUGACUGGCUGUCCACGCCAUCAGACGUCGAUAAACUAUGGAAAGGAGUCAAAUCGGUCGUCGGUAAAUUUAAGGUGCCACUUAAAGGAUUCAAUCAUCUGGACUUUGUAUUCGCAAACGAUGCAAAGGAACUGAUCUACGAUAGAGUUAUAAACAUAAUGGCAUAUUUUAAUUGAAACACGAAACAUUUACAACUUUAUAGUUUAAUAAAUAAAUACGAUUACAAAACGC